AUGGUCAACACAGGCCACGGGACCCAGCCGGACCCGUGGAUGCUGGAUCCGGAACUGAGAUACCACAUCCAGCACUGUCCCUGUCCGUGUAACCACAUGGGAUAUGGAAAUUUCUUAGAUUACCAGUUGUACCUCACCAUUACGCACACGUGCGACACCCCUUGGGCCCGCGGGGCCAACUCCCGCCAGCCCGAGGGCCUCACCGAGUUCGGCAAGAGCGUCAUCAAAGAGAUGAACCGCUUGGGUAUGAUAAUCGACCUCUCUCAUACCUCCAUCGGAACCGCCAAGGCGGCCAUCAACGCCUCGCACGCCCCCGUCAUCUUCUCCCAUUCGAGCGCGUACUCCUUGUGCAACUCCUCGCGAAACGUGCCCGACGACGUCCUCAAGCUCGUCGCUCACAACGGCGGCAUCGUCAUGGUCAACUUCUACACGUACUUGGUCACUUGCAAUGAGAACGCUUCGAUCCACGAUGUCAUCAAACACAUCAAUCACAUCCGAAGCGUGGCGGGCAUCGAUCACGUCGGCAUCGGCGCCGGAUACGACGGAAUCAACAUGACUCCGGCAGGACUCGAGGACGUAUCGAGGUACCCUCAUCUCCUGGCGGAACUUCUUGCUGAUCCGGUUUGGACGGAGAGAGAUAUUUCCGCAUUGGCGGGACUCAAUUUUUUGCGAGUCUUUGAAAAGGUCGAGGAAAUUAGGGAUAAAUGGAAGUUGGCGGAAAUUUUACCUACGGAAGAUACAGCGCCGUAUUUUCAGUCGCAAUGCACAUCCAUUUAUUCCUGACCAUUGCUGCCGUAAGAACUGAUUUUUAUACAGGUUGUCUCAGAUAGACGUAGACAGAAAUUUCAAAAAAUUAAUUUCAUUUACUUAUUUCUAACAAACAGGUGUGUUGAAUACUUCAUAAAAAUUAGAACAUCUUCAGGAAAAAAUAUUUCAAAGCCUCAUACUUUGGCGAAAAUGCACACAACCAAGUUUUUUAAUAAAGAAUAGUUGGAGACAAAAUACUUUGGUCGUCAAUGUCACUUGAGUGACAUUAAAUUGUAAAGU